AUGGUCUGGUGGUCUCCUUGGCAGUUGAUGACGGACGACGAUGAGGUGAGGCUGCAGGAUUCAGAAAAGGCUCUGAGUGCCAUUUUUAACCCUUCUCGUGCUCGUUUAAGGGAGCCACGUGAUACGGAAUAUUCAUUUUGGGGGAUACCUGCCCUGCGUUGGCCUUUUAGGGGUGGCGGAGAUUCAUUUAAUUCAUCGAUUUCUUUUCCGUUGCCUACUGCUCGCAUGGAUUGCAAGACUGCUUCUGUUGCCUCGACAGUUUCUUUAGUAACGCCUGCCGUGCGGAAAGACGACGGAGCAGGCGCUUCUCCAUCGAAAAAGGAAGCGGUACAGGAAGUGUUGGAUUGGGGCUUGCUGCGACCAUGCCCUAUUCUUGGCUACAAGCUGCGGGAAGAGGGACUUGUUGACGUCUUGGUGCAACCGCCGCGGACUCUCUCUGUUGGGGAUUUGAGAUCUCUCAUUCUUGAACUUUCUUCUGUGGAACAGCGAGCGAAGUACGUUGUUGAGACUCAAUUGCCACAACAGGUACAUAACAGGGGACGGCGCGGUCUUGAGCUUUUUGUCACUCCCUGUUUGUUUAUGUCUGGUUUGUAUCUUAUGCUGUGGAAGGCACCUCGUUUGUAUGUUGGAGUGUCACCGCGAAGUAGUGUACUUUUUACGCGGAUCCUUUUUUUGCUUCGGUGGCAAAUGACUGAGGUUGAGAAGGAGAGGGUGGCGCGCAACCACCGUUGGUUAUUUCAGGCGACGAAUGCACGUGUAUCGUUAUCGUUUCUGGCAGGUCUCACACUAGCAGCGAUUGCAGUCGUCACACGGCCAACAAUCGAUGUGGUUGAUGUUGGUCCAGAUGUGGAAUUGGGCAAAAAAUCUGUUGGCUUUCAGAAGCACUCGGAGGCAGCUUUGCGGUGGCUGUGGAUUGUUUACUACCACCAUCCGGCCUAUAAGCCGUUGGCAAAAGGCACGCUUCCGCCGGCUUUGCAGAACGGGGGUGCGAGGUCCUAA